CUUUAUUGUUAUUGCUUUCUCAUUCAUUUUCGCUGUUCUCUCUCUGUCAAGCCCUCUGCGUCCUGACUAGCCUUAUCCUCCCUCUUCUUUCCCUUGUUAAUCUUUGGCUACAUGCAUUCUGGUGCUCCCCCCUUCGCCCCUAUGGGAAUGGGAGGCCAUUUCUGGUCACUUGUUUGUGGUGUUGGAUAGCGCGGCUGUGGAUCUGGAUGGAGGUGCUGCUUCCGCGAACAACAGCCGAAGGAGGAGGACCUGGAGUGGCCUGGCUUCCUCAGUUGACGAGUAAAUGGCUUCUCUUCAAUGUUGAAACAGGUUAGAGCAUUCUCUUUAUUCGACAGUGCAGUAAUUUUGUGGGUUUGGGGAGACUGGAGAGUAUGGAAGAGAACGAAAGAGAGAGAAAAGAGGAACUGAGAAAUGAAACCAAACAAAAAAAAAAAAGAAAGGGAGGAGAGAAAAAGUUCGAAUUUUUUAUUUCUUUAUUUUAUUUUAUUUUUCCCAAAGUUGGGACAGUAAGGGGAAUCGAAUUUUGUAAGAAUCUUUGACUGUACACUGGGUAAUUCCAAUGGGCUGCAUGCUGAUGACUUGGGUUUGGCUAAGGCCACGGCUGGGCCUCUAAGGCGACUGCUGGGCGUCUAAGCCCAAAGGAGAGACGUAUGGGAAUAAGUUAACGCCUCUCAAAUACCCUGACACGGGGUUUUAGACAGAACGCACAGUGCCAAGGACUGCGGAAAGAAAACGGCGAGCUUUCAUCAACCCCUCCAGUUCCAUGGCCAAGUUAUUUUCAAGAAACGUUAAGCUUGAAAAUGUGUAUGAUAGACCAAUGAAAGUGGAAGUGACACGGGAUCCUGGCAAGUUUCCAAUGUUUGAAUUUGUAAUUCCAUCUGGUGGCCACAAAUAUAUGUGCUAUGAGGAUCUUCACAUUGAAUAUAAUCGAGACCGUCCUGUAAACAUACUUGUUUACGUUGAAGGUUCCAGGGAAAUGGGUGAAACCAAUAUACUGCCAGCUGAUAUAAGGGCAAAUGAGAAACUUGAGUUGAACUACUUGAAUCGUGCUAUCACCAUCACCCCUACUAAGGGACAUUUCUUCUCGAGGCUCGGGUUUAUUAUCCUAUUGAAACGAGUAGCUCAGUAGAUUAAGUCACCGGGAAAAUAGAUUGGGGACGCCAAAAUCUUAAAUUAUCACUUCUCCAAUCGUUUUCCAUAGAUUCUCCAUGCUGUAAGCUAAAAGGUUCCUAUGUUUCAAGCUUUUCUUGGCUUUCUCAUUGAUUUUUGUUUCAUUUUAGCGAUUGUUUUUGGAGUGAAGUCUUGGAUUUGAGUUUAUAGAUUUGAUUUUAUCUGUCUUUUUAGUUUUUUGCUUGGAGUCCUAGCCAGCUACGGUAGUGAUUACUGUGUAACAGGUGCCCUUUUUGGUUUACGGGGAUUUCUAAAUUCAUAUUUAUUGUUCACCAUAUGUUUACCGCCGGGCACACAUUCAGAUUUGACAAACAUUACGGUGUUGCUCGUCA